AUCCACACCCAGUCCAUGACUGCAGCUGUUCCGUUUCCUCCAAGUCACCGGCUCACAGCAAAGGAAGUGUUUGACAACGAUGGGAAACCUCGGGUGGACAUCCUGAAAGCACAUCUCAUGAAGGAGGGCCGGCUGGAAGAGAGCGUGGCAUUGAGAAUAAUAACAGAGGGUGCUUCGAUUCUGCGACAGGAGAAGAACUUGCUGGACAUUGAUGCACCUGUCACAGUUUGUGGGGACAUCCAUGGACAAUUCUUUGACUUGAUGAAGCUCUUUGAAGUGGGGGGAUCUCCUGCCAACACUCGCUACCUCUUCCUGGGGGACUACGUUGACAGAGGGUACUUCAGCAUCGAGUGUGUGCUGUAUUUGUGGGCCUUGAAAAUUCUUUACCCCAAAACACUGUUUUUACUUCGUGGAAAUCAUGAAUGUAGACAUCUAACAGAGUAUUUCACGUUUAAGCAAGAAUGUAAAAUAAAGUACUCGGAGCGGGUCUAUGAUGCCUGCAUGGACGCCUUCGACUGCCUGCCCCUGGCUGCCCUGAUGAACCAGCAGUUCCUGUGCGUCCACGGAGGGCUGUCCCCAGAGAUCAACACGCUGGACGACAUCAGGAAAUUAGACCGAUUCAAAGAACCACCUGCUUAUGGACCCAUGUGUGACAUCCUGUGGUCAGACCCGUUGGAGGACUUCGGGAACGAGAAGACUCAGGAACAUUUCACGCACAACACAGUCCGGGGGUGUUCGUACUUCUACAGUUACCCAGCUGUCUGUGAAUUCUUGCAGCACAAUAACUUGUUAUCCAUUCUCCGAGCCCACGAAGCCCAGGAUGCAGGGUAUCGCAUGUACAGGAAAAGCCAAACAACAGGCUUCCCUUCUCUGAUUACAAUUUUUUCAGCACCAAAUUACUUAGAUGUAUACAAUAACAAAGCUGCCGUGUUGAAGUACGAGAACAACGUCAUGAACAUCAGGCAGUUCAACUGUUCCCCCCACCCAUACUGGCUUCCGAACUUCAUGGACGUCUUCACCUGGUCCCUGCCAUUUGUUGGGGAAAAAGUGACUGAGAUGCUGGUCAAUGUCCUCAACAUCUGCUCCGACGAUGAACUGGGGUCAGAAGAGGACGGCUUUGAUGGAGCGACAGCCGCAGCCCGGAAGGAGGUGAUCCGGAAUAAGAUCCGCGCCAUUGGGAAGAUGGCCAGGGUGUUCUCAGUUCUCAGAGAGGAGAGCGAGAGCGUGCUGACGCUGAAGGGCCUGACCCCCACCGGCAUGCUGCCCAGUGGAGUGCUCUCGGGAGGCAAGCAGACCCUGCAAAGCGCUACUGUUGAGGCUAUUGAGGCUGAUGAAGCUAUCAAAGGAUUCUCACCCCAACAUAAGAUCACUAGCUUCGAGGAGGCCAAAGGCUUAGACCGGAUUAACGAGAGGAUGCCACCCCGCCGAGAUGCCGUGCCCUCUGAUGCCAACCUCAACUCCAUCAACAAGGCCCUCGCCUCAGAGACUAACGGCACAGACAGCAAUGGCAGCAACAGCAGCAAUAUUCAGUGACCACCUCCUGCUCACCCCCCUUUUUUUUUUGAGCUGCAGGGCAUGAUGGGGAUUGCUGCGUACCCGAGGGGGGUGUCUUGCCUCAGACUUAGCUUGUGUGCUCUGGGGGCCAGGCAUUGGAUUCCGUUUACACGAUCAUUAAAGGAAAGGGAGAGAGAAAAGAAACUAUAUUUGAUGAGGGGGGUGAUUAAGCACCUCUUUGGGGUAUGCCUUUUAAAAAUGCUUCUAGGGGAAAAAUUUUAAAAAGAAAGCUAUGCUAGUAUAUUCUGCAAUGUUAGGGGUGAACGUAUUUUCCUGCUGCACUGGGGACUUCCUUGUAGGUUCAUGAAAGGCCUUUUAUUCUGUUACUGGACAUGAAAAUUUUGUCUAAUUUCUUACUCUAUUGUACGUUUACAGUUGCAGCACUAAAAUGGAUGACAUCAAACAUUUUUAAGAAAAAUGAUGUACAAACUAAAUAAGGACUAUUUAUUGAUAAUGUUUUGCUACUCUUGUCAGACAAUGGCUCUAAACUGAAUUAGGCAGUCUUAAAAAAAAACAGAAAAAGAAAAAAAAAACAAUGUUGCAAAUUUGUUAAAAAUGCCAAAAAGGACAGUUUAAUUUUGUACAGAUUAUGCUUACCUCAGGUUUCUUUAGUGUGCUUGACUGCCCUUCUUUCCAUUGUAACACUUACCUUUUAAUUUGGCAAUGAGUAUGUUUCCUUUUUCUUUUCUUUAAGUUUAAAAAAAAACUGGAAUAAUUACACCUAUCUUUUUUUUUUGCUGUUUAUAUUUAGGGGUUUUGUUGAUAAAUCAAGUCUUGGUUGUGGCUUGCUGAAUUAAAUAUUUAUGAGUGGUGCAUUUUUAAAUAUAGUGAACAAGACACCAUAUUAAGUACAGUGAUAAAGCAUCUAUAUUCUGUAAAAAAAAAAAAAUUCUGCCUAUGCAUGUUUUUUAAGGAAAAAAAAAAAUGGCUGUCUCGGCCUGUAUGGGACUGUAAUGCGCUUAGUGGUCUGACCCUAUACUGGAAAUGUAUGUAUACUGGCGUACUUUAUAUUCUCUAAAAUGCUUAAUGCCUUUGAAAUUUUGUAAUCAAAAAAGCUUUGAAAAAAUCUAAAGGGGAGAGUAUUCUUAAAAGUUUUUAACAUAAGCUUGUCAGUGCACAAAUAGAUGGUUAGCAUGUUUAGCAAACCUUGUGAAAUUUAAUAAGUUUGUAGUUACAUGUGAAACUCUAAAUGCAUGGUAACUGUUGAUAUCAUAACGGUUUAGUUAUUUCAUUCUGUUCUGUCAUGUGCCACAAACUAUUAUUUUUUUUCACUUUUUUCCCUUUGUAUAUCAGUUACGGUUACAACUGGUUCAUUCUGAAAACAACAACAACAGCAAAAGCCCAUUCAUAUUUUUUAAAAAUUGUAUAAGUGCCCAAGUAAUUCACUACAGCCUAAAGCCUUGCCUUUGUAAUUUAACUUCUGAAAUGUUGGCAAUCAAAGCAUGCACUUGUAACAAUGAAAAAGAAAAAGCAUUUUAUAUUACUACUCAAUAAAAUGUGCAUGAACUUAAAGAACGCUCCUCUGUCCCUGUGUCUGCUGAGGGGUCUGUGAGACAGCCACCCUGCAGUCACCUGCACAGGCGGAGGCACGGCACCCACUUCUGCUGUCAGAGUCUUGGUGGAUUUGAGUCUAAGAUCAGUCAAGAGAAGUCUAUUUAAAGAGUGGAUGCCGUGUUCUAACUCCCUCGAAUGUGGGAACCAGUUAAGAAACCAGAGCAUCCCUUUUUAUUAAAAAGCAAA